CAUAAUUGUGCAAAGCAGCCCCUAAACUAGUAUCUGAUCUACUAAUCAGAAGGAGCAAAGGUCAUUCACCAGCACAUAUAAAGCACAGGAACCAGGAAAAGACACUUGUUUCCUGAGACAAGGCUGGUUCAGCAGACCACAAACUACCCUGUGCUGGUGAUGGCCUCUAACUACAUGAUCACGGUCCAGCCACCAUCGUCAGGUGCCUUACAGGCAGGCAAAUGGCAGACAGGGCUGCUGGACUGCUGCUCUGACUUUGGCGUGUGUAUUUGUGGAGCCUUCUGCUUCACCUGUCUGGGGUGCCAGGUGGCUGCAGACAUGGAUGAGUGCUGCCUGUGUGGCCCCAGUGUGGCCAUGAGGACGCUCUACCGCACCAGAUACAACAUCCCGGGCUCCAUUCUGAAUGACUUCCUGUCCGUACUGUGCUGCCCCAUGUGUGCACUCUGCCAGUUGAAGAGGGACAUCAACCAGAGGAAGCAGUUGGGCAUAUUCUGAUGCUGCUGAACUCGUCGUACCCUGUGAAGCUGGUGUGGGCAGGAGUUGCCACUGCCCUGGCCAUUAGGAAAUGCACCACAGGAGGGUUGCCUUGAUUGUGGAUGAUUCUCCAUUCCCUGGGUAGAAUCAGCAAUA